GUGUGCAGAUGUGUCGCAGAUUUUGUAAAGUCACUGGACGCUCGGGAAGAUAGAUCACUAGUAAAGACGCUCUGGAUACACGCGGCCCUUAACUUUUCAGGAAAAGCACACAGCUGAGGGAGAAGCGGGAGGAAGAGGACGGAAGAGGAGCCCCGCUGUCACCAGCAGAAAGACAUUACUUUGACAGUUAAACAACACAGAGAUGGAGCUGUCCGCGAUAGGAGAGCAAGUGUUUGCUGUGGAAUCAAUCCUCAAGAAAAGAGUUAGAAAGGGGAAUGUGGAGUAUCUGUUGAAGUGGAAAGGAUGGCCUCCAAAGUACAGUACAUGGGAACCAGAGGAACAUAUCCUGGACCAGCGCCUGGUUCAAGCCUAUGAAGAAAAAGAGCAGAGAGACAGAGCUCUGGGCCACAGGAGAAAAGGAUCCAAAACCAAAAGACUCCUUCUGCAGAGUACAGUCUACACGAUGGAUCUCCGCAGCGCUCACAAGACUCAAGAGGCGGCGCCGCCUCGCCUUCGUCUCUCCCUCACACGCUCUCUCCCCGAAGAUGAGGAUCCGUCGUUUGGUGUCUGCAGGAAAGUCCCACAACCACAACUAGAACAUCUCAAAAGCAAACAUGGGAGACCACAACUCAAGUGCCUUGACUCAGAUCCUCCCAAACAAGAGGACUGGGCAGAAGAAGGAGAAGAAGAGGAGGAGGAGGAGGAGGAAGUGGACAAUGUAGAAGAUGAAGAUGACAUGGAGGUGGAGGAAGAGGAGGGGGAAAAAGAGGAGGCGACAGGAAAGAGCAAAAGCAUUUUAGAUGGAAGGAAGAGGACAGACAGCUGGAGCUCGGCUAUAGAACCAGACGAGCUCACUGCAUCAGAGAAGCCGGACAGAGACGACGUCUGGAGACCAAUCAUCGGGGCUGGGGAGGUGACGGUCACUGACGUCACCCUCAACUCCCUCACAGUGACUUUCCGAGAGUCGAGAGUGGCCAAAGGCUUCUUUAGAGACUUGGGCCUGGAGGUCUGAGAUGUGAGGAAGAGAGUAGGGCGGUGAGGAAGAGCUGUUGAGGGUCAGGGUUUGGAUCUCACUCUGCUCUUCCUCUUACCAGCUACUUCCAGCCUGGUCAGUGGUGUUUACAUGCACAGAGUCACCGGGAUACAAGCUGAACGCCAGGUAAACUUUUAGAUAUCUGUAACUGUUUGUGGUAAUUCUAUUAGUGGAUGAGAACAUGAAAAAAGAAAAACAGGUAGGGAAAAAAAUAACACAAAAAAUGAGGCAACGUUCACAAGAUUGAAUAAUCUAAAUCAACAAUGAUUUAACCAAAAUAUCUGGAAAAGAUGUAACGUUUUUUCAGCUCAAUGAAAAAGAGGAUGACCAAAGUUGGCGAGGUGAUGGAAGUGCAAUAACUACA